AGAAACUGUCCCUCCUGGCAUACGUACUGCAAUAGAUUUUCACCUAAUUGUCCAGAUCUUACUAAAGGAGAUACUCUUUGUACAAAGAUCAAAGAUCAUUGUAAGCCAUUUUAUGAAAGAAAGGCCUUGGAAGAUGCUCUCAAAGUAGAGCUUCAAGGGAAUUUAAGUGAUAAAUCUAAAUGUGAACCUGCAUUAAAAAGAUAUUGUGAAGUAUUAAAAAAUGCAGCUAAUACGCCAAUUAAAGGAUUAUGUAAAGAUACUACUGAUAAAAAACCUAAAAAAGAUGACAAUAAAGUUAGAGAGGAACUCUGUGAGAAGUUAGUGGAAGAAGUGAAAGAACAAUGUAAAACAUUAUCAACAGAAUUAGAACAACCAGCAAAAGAGUUAGAAGAAGAUUCUAAGACAUAUGAGAAACUUAAGAAACAGGCAAAGGAAGCAAUGAACAAGUCCAAUCUUGUUUUAUCAUUCGUUAAAAAAGAUGAAAAUAAUGCAUCGAAAAAUAGUAGCAAAAACAAGGAUAAAAAUACCGUUUCAAACGGACUUCAAGAUACCACAGAACAUAUGAAAAUACUACGGAGAGGAGUUAAGGAUGUAUCCGUAACAGAAUCUGAAGCUAAGGCAUUUGAUUUGGUAGCAGAAGUAUUUGGAAGAUAUCUAGACUUGAAAGAAAGAUGUAAUAAAUUGGAAUCAGAUUGCAGAGUUAAGGAGGAUUGCAAGGAUUUAGAAGGAGUAUGUGGAAAGAUACAAGGAGUAUGUUCGAAAUUAAAACCACUGAAAGUGAAGCCGCACGAAACAGUGACAGAAAGCACAACGACGACCACGACGACAACAACGACCGUUACCGAUCCGAAGGCAACAGAAUGCAAAUCUUUACAGACAACAGAUACAUGGAUUACACAGACUUCGACACAUACCAGCACGUCUACCAUCACAUCUACAAUCACAUCAAAAAUAACACUCACAUCAACAAGGCGUUGCAAACCAACCAAGUGUACGACAGGGGAUGAUGCAGAGGACGUGAAGCCGAGUGAGGGAUUGAAGAUGAGUGGGUGGAGCGUGAUGAGGGGGGUGAUAUUAGCAAUGAUGAUUUCGUUCAUGAUUUAG